AUACAUUGAACUCAUGAUCUACGGGCUUCGAAGCAGAAGAGACCGCAGACAAAAGCAGCGGAGAGCAAGAGAGUGGGACCUGACGUUUCGGAGGACUCCGGCAAAUACAACUGACGACAAUGUCGACUACUACCAACUAGCAAUUCAAGAAGAUAGGGAUACAGCCCUCCUGUCGCUUUUUGAGAGCUUCAUGGAGUCUGCGCCUCAGCUAGUUCUCCAAAUUUACAUUUUGGCAGAGAGGGGAAUGGUCCCCCAAGACCUCUGGACAGUCAGCAUCCAAAUGGCGUCCGUGGCGUCGUCACUAUUCGAACUGUCCUGGUCCUUGGCGUCGUACCACCGGGCUCUACGACGGUCAGUGCAGGACAAGCGGAACAUGACCUGGGGCGGCACAAUUAUUCAGUUUCUGUGGCGGUAUUGCACCAUUGCAGCCAGGGUCUUGUCCUUGGCGCUCUUUGCUUCGGAAUACGGGUACUGGAUGUUCCCAGUGUGCAUCGGGCACUGGGGUGUCAUGACGGUGUGGGUGAUGCACCAACAAACCAGCUUCUGUGAUACGGAAACUGGAAAGAAGCGCCAGUGUGAAGAGUACCUGUUCAAUAUGGUGAUUGGAGCGGUCUACCUGUUUUGUUUUUUGAACGUGAAGGACGAGCCCACUCGUCUCAAGUAUCUGGCCUACUACGUCAUCGUUUUCCUAGAGAACGCGUCGAUGAUUGUCUUGUGGUACCUCCGAACUGACCAAAAUCUGUGGUACCACCUGCCUGCUCUAGUCGGCGACUUUGUCGGUUUCAGUUUGGGCAUCAUUUUCAUGCAGCUUUAUUACCGCUUUUGUCAUCCCGAAGCCAACAUCCCCUGUAGGGACCGUCCUGCAUCUUGUUGCUAAGUGUUGUCCUAAGAUGGUUGCUAUAGCUACGGCAUUGUUUCAAGGGGCUGGUAUUCAGUCUCUCUCAGCCGUCUAUCGUGGCUGUGGUCACACAGUUUCUUACAAGCAGGUAUCACAAGUUGUGACAGAAUUUAAAUAUUACAGUCAAGUUUCAGGUAUUGAGAUGUGCGGCUAGGAUUCUGAAAUCCGUGACUCAAGUACUGUAACUCAUGCAGUUUGUUAUACCUGUACCUCGGUUGCUAAAUGUGCCCCAGUUACAGCUACUAUUCAUGUAACUGCUGACACAGUAAUUGCGUCACACACCAUAGAAUCGUGAAUCUUGCUCUGCGUGUCGCGUCGUUUGUCACAGCUCUAUCUCACUUGUUGUACGUGAUACAUUUCGUAAAGCAGUGACACAUACUGCAUUAAAGCCAAUUCGAUAUUUUUUCUAAAAUAAGUUUUCCCAUAAAUAACUUAAUAAUUGGGCAAGAAAGUGACGUAGGACACUCCUAGAUAUAUAGCAAUGCUUGGGAAUCUGUUUGUUCCAGCUGUAACGCAGCUGUUAUAUGGGUUAAAGUGUAAUCGUAGCCUCGAGAUAGUUCCUGACUAGAAUACAUUUGUUUCUCUAUACUGGCCGUGACACAAUUUUCUCUAUACCGGCUUAUUUCACCGGCUGUGACACAAUUUUCUCUAUACUGGAUCGUUUCACUGGCUAUGACACACGUUUUUUUUAAUAAUGAAGCUUGCUGCCAAAGUAGCUGCUACACCUUUUUCCUUAUAUCGACGCAAUCCCGUGACUGCGACACACUUUUUCUCUGGGUAAACGUCUCCCAAAGACAGUGACAUACGUUUCUCCAUUCCAACACGAUUUAGUGAUUGUGACACUUUUCAUUUUUACGACGCUUUCCAGUGACUAUGACACACUCCUUCUCAAUAGUGACGUGUCUCAGUGACCGUGGUGUACUUUUAAUCUACACCGACAUGUCUCUGUGACUGUGAUACACUAUUUUCUAUGUCGAUGAUUUCCAGUGACUGUGACACACUCCUUCUCAAUAGUGACGUGUCUCAGUGACCGUGGUGUACUUUUCAUCUACACUGACAUGUCUCUGUGACUGUGAUACACUAUUUUCUAUAUCGAUGAUUUCCAGUGACUGUGACACUUUCUUAUUAUCCAAUAACUAUUUCAACUUUCUCCAGUGAUUGAUGCGAGACAGACGUGUUAUGGCUCUUUGCGUCAUCUUGUUUCCACGUGCUAUACAUGGCUUCUUCGUAACUUUUAGGCAGCAAGUGGCUGGUGGAUAACCAGGUUUUUAUCGUCUUUAUUCACACGAAAACCGACAUUUAGAGAGAAGUGGAUUUACAUACAAGUACACAUAAAACAUUUAAAUGAUGAAGUACGCUAGGGGGAGCUAGUAUAUUUCCAUUAGAUAUGAGAAACUGUUAACAACACGAAACACAAACUAGUUAUUGUGCACAUAACUUUGGGCCAGUUCGAUGUCUUGUUCUAAUAAGAUUAUAGGACAACAAUGCUAGCCAUUUUAUUUGUUAGAAAACAAUGCUAGCCAUUUUGUUUGUUAGAAAACAAUGCUAGCCAUUUUGUUUGUUAGAAAACAAUGCUAGCCAUUUUGUUUGUUAGAAAACAAUGCUGGCAAUUUUGUUUGUUAGAAAACAAUGCUACCCAUUUUGUUUGUUAGAAAACAAUGCCAGCCAUUUUGUUUGUUAGAAAACAAUGCUGGCAAUUUUGUUUUUUGGAAACAAUGCUAGCCAUUUUGUUUUUUGGAAACAAUGCUAGCCAUUUUGUUUUUUGGAAACAAUACUAGCCAUUUUGUUUGUUAGAAAACAAUGCUGGCAAUUUUGUUUUUUGGAAACAAUGCUGACCAUUUUGUUUGCUAGAAAAUAUUGCCUUCCUUUUAAAAAACGCAAUCAAUUACAAGCAAAUUUAGAAAUCUGUAAAAAACAAUGAGAGAGAAAAAGAGAACUACACUUAUAUGUUUUCCGUUAUUAUAACGUUUGAAAAUUGUGGAAUUCCUAAAAGGACAAAAGCUUAGAAGCUUUUCUCGUCUCCUAUACGUGCAUUCGAGAAACACUUUAAGAAGCAAAAAUAUUUUAAAAUGGCCAUAAAAAGUAUUAGCAAUCACCAGCAGAUAUACAUUUAGAUUUGUUUAUUUACAAUUAAGAACAAAGCCACGGGUAUCAAUGCUUACAAUUUUUCUAAAUAUUAAAUAAUUAAAGAAAAGUAUCAUCAAUUACGAAAAUAUUUAAUUAAAUAGGAUGAUUACAUAUAACACCAGUUAAAAAAGAAAAACAGACAUUUAAAGUUACGAAAGAAGAUAUUUCGGAAAAAAUCGAGACUACAGGGCGGUAGGUGUCGCCAAAGUAUUUGUUUGUUUGUUUAUUUUGAAUGUUCGCACAAAGCUACACAAGAGCUACCUACACUAACCAUCCUUCAUUUCGGACUAAUAGACUAGGGGAAAGGCAGCUAGUCAACGGCACCCACGCCAACUCAUGGGUCACUUUGAUAGAAUAAUGGAUUUCGAUCGUCAAUCUUAUAACGCAACUACGCCCCCAAAUGCCAGUGAGUGAUUUUGCGGCAACGGAACGCGAGCUCUGGACCCUCAGAUUCAUAGUCCGGCACGCCAAUUUCUAGGCCACACGCGUGUUUGAGGAAGCUGUAGAAAAUAAAUAUGCAAGAAUGGUUUUAAUGGAUAAUUUCACUAUAGGGCAAUAGGUGUCUCGCAAGUGUUUGAAGAAGCUGUAAAACAUUAAAAUACGAGAAGAGUUUUAACGAAUAAUUUCACUACAGGGCAAUAGGUGUCUCGCAAGUGUUUGAAGAAGCUGUAAAACAUUAAAAUACGAGAAGAGUUUUAACGAAUAAUUUCACUACAGGGCGAUAGGUGUCUCUCAAGUGUUUGAAGAAGCUGUAAAACAUUAAAAUACGAGAAGAGUUUUAACGAAUAAUUUCACUACAGGGCGAUAGAUGUCUCUCAAGUGUUUGAAGAAGCAGUAAAACAUUAAAAUACGAAACGAUUUUUAACGAAUAAUUUCACUACAGGGCGAUAGGUGUAUCUCAAGUGUUUGAAGAAGCUGUAAAACAUUAAAAUGCGAGAAAAGUUUAAACGAAUAAUUUCAUUACAGGGUAGUAGGUGUCUCUCAAGUAGUUGAGGAAGCUGUCUGUAAUACAAAUGAGUGAAAAGUUUUAGUGAAUACUUAUACUACAGGGCGGUAGGUGUCGCCCAAGUAUUUAAGGUUGUUGUUUUUCUUAGUACAAAAGGAUACAUUGGGCGCUCUGCACUUUGUCCACCGUGGAGAAUCAAGUCCCGAAUUUCUGCUUUGUAAGUUCGUAAACUUACCGCUGUUCCAUCGGAGGACAGUGUUUGAAGAAGUUGUAAAAAAUGUUCAACAAAUACUAAUCAUUUAAUCACAUAUAACUACAAAAAAUGUAAUGUUAAUAAGUAAACUGACUUUAAAUAGCUUUAAGUUUGCAUAAUUUAACUGUAAAGCCUUUAUAUGUUUGUACAGGCUUUGACGUACACAUUUAUUGGAACUGGUAUUGUGUUUAGUAAAUAUCAAAUUAUAUGUGGUUGAUUCACCAAAGAAAAAAAUAUUGAAAACCACUUUGAACAGUCAUUGUUUAAAAGACCUAGGCUCACCUGAUCUCAACCAGUGAAACUGUUGACGAAUUAUAUAAUUAAAUAGCAUAGUGUGAAACUAAAAGCGGAUUAUAACAACAUAAUUCAGGUUGUUUUUUAUUGUAUUAUGACAAUAUAGAAAAGGCAGUGCAGAAAACUUAACACCCAGUACAACGUUUGUCAGUGAUUCUACAAAUCUGAAGAGUGUUUGCUCUUUCACAGUUCUUUAACGUAAAGUUAACAGCUUACAUUUUGUACGAAGUCAAAGUUCUGUAAAUUUGUGUCAAGUUGUCAACGUUGGUCGUGGUUUACAUGUGUACAAAUUCUAGCUUUCUAAGUAACUUGUGUACAAC